AUGCAUUUUCUUGAUUCUGUUCCGGCCAAGCGUUACUUACCUCAAGAAACACUCCAGAUCGUCAUCCUCGACCGAACUAGGGCCAUGAGAUUGUCUGGUCUACAGCGCCAGGUUCUGGCUUUAUAUCGUCAAUGCUUGAGGGAAAUCAGAAAAAAACCCGUGGGUUCACAAGCAAAUUUCAAGCGCUAUGCCAGAAGGGUUGACGGGAAAACCCCCAGGCAAGAGUUUCAGAAGAAUCGAGACGUGAACAGGAAAGAUUUCGCUACCAUCGAGUACCUCUUACGCAGAGGGCAAAAACAAUUGGAAAUGUAUGCUUCUCCAGGAAUCCGAAAUAUUACCCCGUGA